AUGUAUAAAACUGAAGAGAACAAUAAUAAUUAUUUAAAUAACCUCAAUUUAAAAGGAAAGGUUUGCUCAGAUUUUAGUCUUAGCAAUACACCAAGUAAUGAUCGUAUGAAUAUAACAGAUAAUAAAAUGUACAACUCUGAUAAAGAAAAAAACCUAAACGAUAAAGGCUCUUUUAAAUUAAACAACUGCUACGAAGGAGAUAUUAAUAGCAGGACUAGUAGUAAUAUCAACUGCAAUAAUGUUGUUAGUAGUAAUAAUAAUAGUACGAAUGGUGAUAAUAAUUUAGAUACCUUGCAAAUGUUGGAUAGCUUAAACUAUUGGUAUGGAAGCUCCUUUUCUAAGGAAAAUAUUCUCAAGAAAAACAAAAAUUCCUUAUCAGGAGAUAAGAAAGGUAUGAGCCAAAGCGAUUACUUGAACAUUAAGAAAAGCAAAUUGAUAAAUUAUUUAAACUUUUUCAUGCGAGUGUGUUGCAGUAAGAGUUCUUAUAUAAAGUUUGUGAAUCACUAUUUUAAUAUAAUUUAUAGUAAUAACAUAAAUAUUUUGUUUAGAUAUGAGUGUAUUUUACAAAAGUUUGGAGAAUAUAAUGAAAAGAACUUGACUGCUCAGGAUUAUUAUAAUGGGUAUGUAAAUUUGAAUAAGGUUCCCUUAUUUUUGAGUGAAAGGCAUAGUUCUUUGUAUGGAAAGUUGUCUGAUAUAAAUAGUAAGCAAGAGCAUUUAAGGAGUAGUACAAAUUUUGAAAAGAAUAUAUUAAGUUUUUUAAGUGCAUAUGACAAUUUGACAAUAAAUUUUUUUAAUCAUAUAUUUAGUAAGUUGAAUAAUGGAGAGAUGAAUAUGGAUAAUUCAAAUGUUGAGGGUAUGAUAAAUAAUUUUUUGUAUAAAAAAAAGUUAUUAAAGGAAAAUGUGUUUAAUUUAUUACUGAAAUUAAGUAAGUCUUAUGAAAUAAAAUAUAGUGAAGUUAUAAAUGAUAUACAGAACGGUGAGCAUAUAAAGGAAAAGAAUGAGGAGCGCAUAUUGGAAUUAUUAAAUCAUAAGGAAGUUAUAAAAUUAAGUAAUGAUAGUACAAUGGAUAAGGAUCACGUUGAUAUUAAAGAUGUAAAUAAUGAAAAGAAGUUGGAUAGUAGUAAUGAACCUGUACAAAGUAUUGUAAGUAAUAAUAUUUAUGAUGAUAAUAAAAAUGAUGAUAAUAAAAAUGAUGAUAAUAAAAAUGAUGAUAAUAAAAAUGAUGAUAAUAAUAAAAACAAUAAUAAUGAUAAUAAAAAUGAUGAUAAUAAUAAUAACAAUAAUAAUGAUAAUAAAAAUGAUGAUAAUAAUAAUAAUAGUAGUGUUGCUGGUUGUCAUGUGGAUAGUUUAAAUGAACCUAAAAUGAGUUCAGAUAAUUUAAAAGAUACAUGUAAUAUACAUGAUACUAAUGAAAUACCAGAGGUAGAUAAAGAAAAGGAUAGUGAUGGCAUAUAUAAUUUAUGUCAUAUAAAUGAUAAUAAUAUAAAUAAUAGUAGUUUUCAUCAUAUGGAAAGUAAUAAUAAUGAUAAUAAUGAGAUGACUACAACAAGUGCUACGACAGUUACUACAAUUACUACAGCAACGACAGCUACGACGAUGACUCCAAAUGCUAUGAUAUGCUCGAAUAGUGAGCUGAACAAUUCUUGUAAUAAUAUGAAAAGCAGUGAAGUUUCUAUAUUAGAAGAUAUAAAAGAUAAAUUAAACGAAGAAAUAAAUAUGUAUGAUAGUAUAUAUAAUGUUCAGAUUGUUGAAGAUUGUGAUUAUAUGAAUGUUCCUAAUAUUGAAGAGGAACAAAAAGACAUAUAUAAUGAUAAUAUAUAUAAUAUUGAAAAUAUGAAUAACAUGUAUAAUGAUUAUAAUGAUUAUAAUAAUAAUAAUAAUAUUAUAGAAAAUAUGUACAGCUUUUUAAAAAAUAAUAAUUUUAUUCCAAACGAUAAUAUUUAUACCGAUUUUUUUGAAAAUGGAAAUGAUGUAUUUUUAAAUAAAAUUAAGAAAAAUGAUAAAGACGCAUAUUUUAAAUUAAUUGAAAAAUUUGAUCGUAUGUAUAGUAUCAUAAACGACUUUAAAAGUAAUAUAAAACCAUAUAGCUCAAACGAAUCAGAUAUGAAUAAUAUGCAUGAAUAUAUACAAAAAAAAAAGAAGAAAAAAAUUUUUAAUAAUAAUGAUUAUAUAUUUAAAAUGGGUCCUUCUGAAAUGAGUAAAAAAAAUCUAAGAAAUAAUUCAUUAACAAAAAACGAAGGUCUUAAACGAAGUAAAAGAAAUUUAAAGAAAAAUGAUAUAGCAAAGAAGAAGGCAAAAUGA